AUAUACUCGAGAAGAACUGCAUUCAUAUCCUGCAAAUAGACAUGCAUAUGGACUUAUAGCAAAAACUCGGAGAAUAAACUAUACUAACUAUAGCUGGACAAGCUCAGAAAUCGGUUUUCAAGGGGUGGACAGAUUAUAUAGAAGAUAACCAAAUGCACAGUUAAACUUGUUAAAAUACAUAUGAUGGCCGAUAAUCAAUUGAGCGAUUCUGGCAGCCACGGCCCUAUUCCAAUGCAUGCAUCAGGUCUAUCUAUUCCGUUCGCUGCUUUCUUUAUUGUGGGUGAAAUCGCCGGAUCUGGAGUGUUGGCCCUCCCCAAAGCCAUUGACGACUCAGGUUGGAUAGGCCUCGUUUUGAUUGUGGCAUGCGCACUCUUAUCAUCCUACACGGGUAGCAUUCUGGGGCAGGCGUGGCUAAUUGUGAGAGAAAGAUACCCAGAGUACAAGAAGCAUUGUCCAAAUCCAUACCCAGUGCUAGGAGAAAAGACUUUUGGGAAGAAAGGAAGAUAUGUGGUCUCUUUUUCCAUAAACUUUACGCUGUUUGGGGUGUCUACAGUGUUUUUGCUCCUGGCGGCGGAGAACAUAGAGGAUUUGAUAGAGGACUGGACCGGUACAGAUCUGUCCUUCUGUGUCUGGCUGGUCAUUCUAGCUGCCGGCAUCUGUCCGUUAACAUGGUUUGGCACUCCAGUCGAUUUUUGGCCAGUUGCGGUGGGAGCAACACUUGCUACAGCCGUUGCGUGUAUUCUACUUAUCGUCAAAGUUGCUUUAGAUGAGGGAACAUAUGACCCGAUAUCACACUCAAAGACAGAGUUCGAGCCAUUUUUUAUGGCGUUUGGGACAAUCGUGUUUGCUUUUGGAGGCCACCCUGCCUUUCCAACAUUCCAGACAGACAUGAAGAGACCCAGUGACUUUAAAUGGGCCGUAACACUCGGAUAUUUAAUUGUGAUGUUGAUGUACCUUCCUAUAUCCACCAUUGCGUACUUUGUCUACGGCAAGAAUGUCAAUCCAAACAUUCUCCUAAUGCCGAAUAGCGGAGCCCUUAAUCAGGUCGUGGAGGUAAUGAUCACGCUUCACUUGCUGCUCGGUCUAUUGAUUGUUAUCAACCCCUUCUGUCAGGAGCUGGAAUCAUACGCAAGGGUUCCAAAAGAGUUUUCUUGGAAGCGAUGCGUUUUUAGGUCAGUGGUUGUAGCCUUCAUACUUUUCAUGGCUGAAACGAUCCCCACAUUUGGCGCCAUUUUAUCUUUAGUGGGCGGAUCCACAGUGACGUUGUUAGCCUAUAUCUGUCCGUCCCUGUUUUAUCUGAAACUCAGGACUGUCCGUCAGCAGGACAUGGUUGAAAUCAUUAAUGGAAACAAGGAUGAUAGCCUUAGUCUUCCAAACGAGGAAAAUAGUGGUCUUCCUCUGUGGGUAAAAGUCAUGAACAUCGAAAUCAUUCUGCUGGGGGCCGUGGCUGGCAUCGCCUCCACAUAUUCCGCCAUUAAAUCCAUCAUCAGCAGCAGCUUUUCCAAACCUUGUUAUGUUUGAGGAAACAGUGGCUCCUCAUAUCAGUAUUUAACUCUAUAACGUCCUAGGGGAAUUCGUCACCAACGGUUUUAACAUCCUCCAUAAUUACUUCAGCAUUCAGUAUUAAGGCAGGGAGUGAGAUAUAUUUUGUACAGGAAAUGAUUGCCGGUGCAUAAUAAUGAGAUUUGUCAUGUCUUAGAUGAUAUUAUUAAUAACAGUUUAUUAUAAUCAUUUAAUGCUUUAUUGAUGUCAGUUUAUAAUACAUACACACUGUCUAUUUGUAAGCUGGUGUAGAAAGGGGGUUGGUGGUGGAAGGAAACACAUUUGUACCAAAAUAGAUAUGAUGAAAUGAAAUAAAGAAUUGAAUGAAA